AUGUCGGACGACGAUGAUUUCAUGCAAGAGUCCGACCCAGAGCAAUACGACUUCGAAUACGAAGAUGACGAAGACGGCUCCACCGGCGACGUCGACAUCGAGAACAAAUACUACAAUGCAAAGCAACUGAAAGGGGACGACCCAUCGGCGGCGGUCGACGAGUUUCUGGGGGUACCCGCACUUGAAGAUGAAAAGGGCGACUGGGGCUUCAAAGGGCUCAAACAAGCAAUCAAACUCGAAUUCGCGCUGGGGCGCUUCGACGCCGCCGUCACACACUACAAGGAGCUGCUCACAUAUGUGAAAUCUGCAGUCACGAGGAACUACAGCGAGAAGAGCAUCAACAACAUGCUGGACUACAUCGAGAAGGUGGCGACCGACCAAAAUGCGUACAGGUGCAUGGAGGAGUUCUACUCGCUAACGCUCGAGACGUUCCAGAGCACCAACAACGAGCGGUUGGCGCUCAAGACGAAUGUCAAGUUGGCGAAGUUGUACCUCGAUAAGAAAGACUACAGCCAGCUGACCAGCAAGGUGCGGGAGAUCCACAAGGCGUGUCAGAAGGACGACGGCACAGAUGAUCCGGGAAAAGGCACCUACUCGCUAGAAGCCUAUGCGCUAGAGAUCCAGAUGUACGCGGAGAUGAAGAACAACAAGCGCCUCAAGUCCCUCUACCAGAAGGCACUGACCGUGCGUUCAGCCGUACCGCAUCCCAAGGUGCAGGGCAUCAUUCGCGAAUGCGGCGGGAAGAUGCACAUGAGUGAGGAGAACUGGAAGGAGGCACAGAGCGACUUCUUCGAGUCGUUCAAGAACUAUGACGAAGCCGGGUCGAUGCAACGCAUCCAGGUGCUCAAGUAUCUGGUGCUGACGACCAUGCUGAUGAAAUCGACCAUCAACCCUUUCGACUCACAGGAAACCAAGCCGUACAAGAACGACCCGCGCAUAUCCGCCAUGACCGACCUUGUCGAUGCCUAUCAGCGAGACGACAUCCACCGAUACGAGUCGAUCCUCAAAGACAACCAGGAUCUGCUCGCGGAUCCCUUUAUAGCCGAGAACAUCGAUGAAGUCAGCCGCAACAUGCGCACCAAGGCCGUGCUCAAGCUGAUCGCCCCUUACACCCGGUUCACGUUGGCGUUCAUUUCCAAACAUAUCAAAAUCCCGGUUAGCGAGGUCCAAGACAUUCUGGGUGUGUUGAUCGUUGAUAAGAAGCUGCACGCGAAAAUCAAUCAGGAGAACGGCACGGUGAUCGUCGAUAACACUAGUACUAGUCGAGACUCGGAACAUGUCCAGCGCUUACGCGAGUGGACCACCGCAGUCGAGACAUUAUGGUUCUCGGUUCUGCACGACGGCGAGGGGUUCAAGGUUGACGAUACACAGAGUGGAGGAGCUAGCUUCGGCUCCAUGCUGAACUUCUCAAUGGGCCUCGACACCAAUAGCAACAUUCCCAGUCGGGCGGCGGGGCGGCGAGCCGCUGGCCACGGAGGUGGGGUUCGUGGUGGACGUGGCGGUGGAAAGGUGUUUACUCAGGUUUGA